GUACCCUCUUACCAUGGAUAAUUUUCUCCCUCAAAACAGCAGAUUUCGAAUGGAGAAACGUAGCAGAAGCAGCUACCAAGAACAUGAGACCGCCACCCCGGCUCUAAUCCACUGCGCCGAGCACAUCCUCCCAUGGUUGCACCCAACUGAAUUGGCCUGUAUUUCGUCAACAUGCAAAAUUCUUCAUCAAAUUUCCCAAGCCAUCACUUCUAGAAGAAUCUCCGAUGCCUCCAGAACCUUAGAGAAAUGUCCUAUCCCAUUCAUCAACACCAUCGAUCACAACCUCUAUUCAUUCUUCAUCUACACCUCAGCUCAAACCCUAGGCCUCGCCGAACCAUCUCGAUUGCGCCAACCAUGGGGUUCAAAACCGGGAACUCGACCCGACUCAAGCGUGGAUAGACCAGAACCAAUUCUUGUUUGUGUCGAGGGUGCUUGUGGCUGCGGAUGUGAUGAGAGGUGUGAUGGGGAUUCUGGGUGUCCGUGUUUUUCUGGUUGUGACUCGGACGAGUUGUCUCGGGAGUGUGGACUAACUUGUGGGUGUGGGUUGGAUUGUGGGAAUCGGUUAACUCAGAGGGGGGUGACGAUGAGGUUGAAGAUUGUGAAGGAUAAGAGGAAAGGUUGGGGUUUGCAUGCGGGUCAGUUGAUUCGGGAGGGGCAAUUUGUGUGCGAGUAUGCAGUACAUCCUUCACUUUCUCUGAGGAUUGCAGCGAUCUAUUGCAGCUGA